AUUGGCUCGAGAAGCACUCCCUCCUCCUUGUCAUUCCCGCGCCAUGACCCCAUGGCUUCCCUUCUCGCCACCGGCCCACAGGCGUUCGCCGGCGCCGUCGAGCUCGCCGUCUCCUCCCGAUCCCUUCUCCUCGGCCGUUCCACCCACGCCCAGAUCAUCAAAUCCCUCUACCCUCCUCCCGUACCUUCCUUCCUCUCCAACCACCUCAUCAACAUGUACGCAAAGCUCGACCUCCCUUCUCCGGCCUUCCUCCUCCUCUCCCUCGACCCCUCCCCCUCCGUCGUCUCCUUCACCGCUCUCAUCUCCGGCGCCGCCCAAAACAACCGCCCUCUCCUCGCCCUCAACCUCUUCCCCCUCCUCCUCCGUUCCUCCCUUCGCCCCAACGACUUCACCCUCCCUUCCCUCCUCAAAGCCGCCGCUUCCCUCCGCUGCCCCUCCACCGCCCUCCAGCUCCAUGCUUUUUCGCUUAAAUCAGGCCUCAUUUCCGAUGCCUUUGUCAUCUCCGCCGCCGUCAAUAUGUAUCACAAGACGGGUCUUCUUUCCCACGCCCGCCACCUGUUCGAUGAAAUGCCUCGCAAGACUAUAGUCGCUUGGAACGCAGUUAUGACUAAUGCGGUUUUAGAUGGUUUUCCCGAAGCUGCUGUGAGCGCCUUCAUUCGCCUUCGAUCGGCUGCUGAGAAUCCCAAUGAGGUAUCUUUCUGCGCCUUUUUGAACGCUUGCGCCUCGUUGGAGUAUUUCUGGCUCGGAUCUCAGCUCCAUUCCUUCAUCAUAAGAUUCGGAUUCGACACCAAUGUUUCAGUCGGAAACGCACUGGUUGAUUUCUAUGGAAAAUGCGCUUGCGUGGCUGAAGCAAGGCAGGUUUUUGAUAGCUUGAGCACCAAGAACGACGUCUCAUGGUGCUCCAUCAUCGUCGUUCACGCGCAGAACGCCGAAGAAGAAGAGGCCUUCCAUCUUUACCUUGCAACAAGGGCAAAAGGCUUCAUUCCCACUGAUUUCAUGCUCUCGAGCAUUCUCACCACCUGUUCUGGUCUCUCUGGCCUCAACCUCGGCCUGUCGCUUCACGCCGUGGCGGUCCGAUCCUGCAUCGACGGAAACAUCUUCGUCGGAAGCGCAUUAGUCGACAUGUAUGGCAAGUGCGGGAGCAUUGAGGAAGCGGAACAAGUAUUCGAUGGAAUGUCCGAGAGGAACUUGGUCACGUGGAAUGCGAUGCUCAGCGGGUACGCGGCACAGGGGAACGCUUCUGUGGCUCUCAGAGUAUUUGAUGAAAUGCGUAGGGGAGGUGGAGUUGAGCCGAAUUAUGUUACUCUGGUGAGUCUGAUGUCGGCUUGUGCGAGAGGAGGGAGAUUGAAGGAAGGAAUGGAGCUGUUUGAGAAGAUGGAGGAGAGAUAUGGAAUAAAGCCGAGGAAUGAGCUGUACGCCUGUGUUGUGGACUUGCUUGGAAGGGCGGGGAUGGAGGAGAAGGCGUAUGAGAUUAUAAGGAAGAUGCCGAUGAAGCCAUCUGUGUCAGUAUGGGGGGCGCUUCUUAAUGCCUGUAGGAUUCAUGGGAAGGAGAAGCUGGGCCGAAUAGCAGCAGAGGAGCUGUUUGAACUUGAUCCCCAUGAUUCCGGCAAUCAUGUCCUGCUCUCUAACAUAUUUGCCUCGGCUGGAAGGUGGGAGGAAUCCAUAUCGGUAAGAAAGGAGAUGAAGGAUGUGGGAAUCAAGAAAGAGCCCGGCUGCAGCUGGAUAACCUGGAAGAACGAGAUUCAUGUGUUUCAGGCGAAGGACACCAGGCAUGAGAGGAAUGCUGAGAUACAGUGCUGCUGGCGGAUCUUGCUACUGGCGGAUCUCCGCCGGAGAAUGGCGGCCGCCGGCUACACUCCCGACACUCGGUUUGCUCUAUAUGAGCUGGAGGAUGAAGAGAAGGAAUCGGAGGUUUAUCAGCACAGCGAGAAGCUGGCGCUGGCCUUUGGUCUGCUCUGCAUCCCUCAGGGGAUGGCGAUACGGAUCAACAAGAACCUGAGGGUGUGUGGAGAUUGCCAUGAGGCAAUCAAGUUCGUAUCAGGGAUUGUUGGGAGGGAGAUUAUAGUGAGGGAUAAUGUUAGGUUUCAUAGAUUUAGAGAUUGCAGAUGCUCCUGUGGGGAUUAUUGGUGAUUUAUUGCUUUGAUUAUUGAUGUAAUUGUUACAUUAAUCCAAGUUUUCUAUAUCUUGAGGAUGUUACCAUCGAAAAAUCAUUUAUGAUCGACCGUUCAUACAUCAGUCCGGAUGCUUGAACUGCAACGCAUUGACCCACAGGCGGGAAUGAUUACAGUUUCUCGGGUUACAAUUUCAGUGUGUAUGACUUGUUGCUCUGCGGUAGGGAAGUGGCGGUUGCUCGAAGUGGCGGUUGCUCGAAGCGGGGGUAGCCGGAAGCAGUGGCGACCAAAAGCAGCGAAGUCGACCGGAGACGAUGGUGAUCGGAACCUGUGGCGGCACAAGGUGGUGGCGGCCGAAGUUGGUCAAAUGCAACGACAGCCAGAAUCGGUGGAAUGCGGUGACGACCAAAAGUAGCGACAGGCUGACGCAGUAGCAGCAAGCGGAGUUAGCUGGAUCUGCUGCGUAGGAUGCAAGACUGCAACCCUCUCUUCUACAAGCCCCAGACUUCUCUUGCCCGAAGAAGGUGUAGAUUCCCUUUCAUGAGGGGGAACUGUUUUAUAGAAUUUGGGUUGCAAAUAAGGAACAAAUUCAAACAACUCUCCCCAUGAUCGAUGGACAUUUGACUGCUUUAAUGAUGUCAUAAUUGAGUGGUCUAUGACUCAUUGGAUUUGUCUUGUCGAUACACUCGAUUUAUCUAUAA